AUUCCAGCAGAUAUGAGUGAAGGUGAAUGGAAAGCUAAAGCUAAGGAAAUAACUGAUGUAAAUGAGAGAGAAGCAUUUAAAAAGUACUGGUCCCAGAUCAAAGGUGGAGAAAGUGAACUUCUGGUAUGGAGAUACAUUGAAAAGAUUCCGAAGUCCAUCCCACUAGCUCUCUUCCACAACUUUGACCUUCGCAUGUUUCAUCUUUUCACAGGUAUCCCUGCAUCUUCAAGUGAUGGUAAAAAUAAGAAGACCUCUGCACCUUCAAGUGAUGGUACAGAUAAGAAGACCUCUGCACCUUCAAGUGAUGGUACAGAUAAGAAGACCUCUGCAUCUUCAAGUGACGGUACAGAUAAGAAGACCUCUGCACCUUUAAGUGAUGGUAAAAAUAAGAAGACCUCUGCAUCUUUAAGUGACGGUACAGAUAAGAAGACCUCUGCACCUUCAAGUGAUGGUAAAAAUAAGAAGGAUAACUCUGUUCACCACCUUCCUAACCAAGAAUUUGACUUCUUGUUGAUUCUCCCGGAAUACCGGUUUUACUGCCAUCUUGAAGUCAAGGCAGCUGAAAAAGUCAAUGGUUCCUGUAUUGAUCAGCUAGAGAGAGGAAGAAGCUUCUUCAAGAUGGUUCAAGAAUAUCUGGGAGAAGAAGAAUACAAGGAUUGGAAAUUUAUUCCAGUUUCAGUCUUUCCAAAUGAUGCUAAGGUAAGGCCGUAA